UUAGGCCCAACCCAUUACUUAUGGGCUUUAGGGUUUACAGUUUUAUUUAUCUAUAUAUUGUAAUGAAACAAUGAGAAUUGAGUUGAUCCCUAUUAAUCUUUUGUUUUUAUCACGUUAUCAGCACGAGUCGCUCUAUUCAUCAGGGAAUUUACUGGCCUGGAUUCAGAUAAUUGUUGUUCAUCAAAUCCGGACAAAAUGUCGAAUUUACCAAAGCUUGAAUUCACCGCACUUGACAUCUCGGGUAACAACUACCUCCCGUGGACUCUUGAUGCUAAAAUUCAUUUGACGGCAAAUAAUUUAGGGGAGACAAUUAUUGAUGGUAAUCAAAGUAAACCUCAAGAUAAAGCGAAAGCCAUGAUAUUCCUCCGCCAUCAUCUUCAUGAAUAUCUAAAGCGGGAAUAUCUAACUGUUGAGGACCCUCUUGAAUUAUGGACAAACAUCAAAGAACGUUUUGACCACCAGAAGUUGGUCUUACUCCCCAAAGCCCGCUAUGAAUGGCUUCAUUUACGACUACAGGAUUUUAAGACCGCUAGUGAGUAUAAUUCUGCCCUGUUCCGCAUUACCUCUGAACUUAAAUUAUGUGGUGAGAAAAUUACCGAUGAAGACAUACUUGAAAAAACUUUCUCAAUGUUCCAUGCCUCAAAUAUGCUCCUGUCGCAGCAAUACAGGGAACGUCAAUUUACUAAGUAUUCUGAAUUGAUAUCAUGUCUUCUGGUCGCGGAGCAAAACAACAAGCUCCUACUACAAAAUCAUCAAUCGCGACCUGCCGGUGCAAGCCCAUUCCCUGAAGCGAAUGUGGCCAAUUAUCAAAGCGGACGAGGUAGAGGUAGAGGCCGCGGCCCCAGCAGAGGUCGUGGUCGUGGUCGAGGACGAGGAUAUACAUGGCGUCGGGAGUCCCAUAAAACUAAACAUAGCGGUGGUGUAUCGAGUCGACACAAUACGGGGCGACCUUCGAAAGGAAAAAGUAGCGGGAACCAAAACAAUAUUUGUUAUAAAUGUGGGAUGUCAAAUCAUUGUUCCCGCACAUGUCACACCCCUAAACACCUCGUUGAGACAUAUCAACGUAUGAUGAAAGAAAAAGGAAAGAAUGCUGAAACUAAUCUGAUUGAGAAUGAACCUUCAGCCACGAUAUCAGACGUUCAUUUGGAUGCAUGUGAUUUCAUUGAAAAUGUUCGUGAUGUUUAAACAUAUUUAAUGUACCUUUUAUGUUUUACUUUUCACACUGUGACCUUGGUAUUUGUUUUGGUUUGAAACUCUUUCAAUGUUUUAUUUUUAUUUUUUUUGCAUUAA